AUGCUGUCCUCAUUGUCGUCGAGCAUUUCAAAUGCGCGCCAAUCCAUCGCCCAAGUGCUGAACUUUGCCCUUGUGCUAUCAACCGCCUUCAUGAUGUGGAAGGGCCUGAGUGUACUAACAGCCUCAUCGUCACCAAUUGUUGUGGUUCUUUCUGGGUCUAUGGAACCCGCGUUCCAAAGAGGUGAUCUGCUCUUUUUGUGGGCGCGCAGCCCACGAGUAGAGAUCGGAGAGGUUGUCGUCUACAACGUUCGCGGGAAAGAUAUUCCCAUUGUGCACCGUGUUGUCAGGACGUACCCUGAAGUGGAGGGACGCGCGAGCGCAAAGAAGGUGAAGGAGAUUACUGUUGAUACAACACCCGAGUCGCAUAUGCUCCUCACUAAGGGCGAUAACAAUUUGUCGGACGACACCGAGCUGUACGCGCGCGACCAGGACUACCUUGAUCGAAAGGAAGAUAUUGUAGGAAGUGUCAGAGGGUAUAUCCCCAUGGUUGGAUAUGUUACUAUUAUGCUCAGCGAACACCCAUGGCUGAAGACAGUCAUGCUGGGACUCAUGGGUCUGAUGGUGAUACUCCAGCGCGAUCUUCCAACUCCCCGCAUCACCCCACGAAACCAGAAAUCAAUCACAAUGGGCAGCAUCAAACGCAUAUCCAAGGAGCUAGGCGAGCUCACCGAGUCCCCCCCAGAAGGAAUCACAGUCACACUAGCCGAUGGAGAGAACGUCUACAACUGGAACGUCUAUAUGGAUGGACCCGAAGACUCACCAUACCACAACGGAAAAUUCCUCGUCAAACUCACCCUCCCAACCGAAUACCCCUUCAAACCACCCACCGUCUCCUUCGCCACAAAAAUAUACCACCCAAAUGUCACAAACGACGACAAAGGCAGCAUGUGCCUGGGCAUGCUCCGACCAGACGAGUGGAAACCAAGCUCCAAGAUCGCAGCCGUGCUGCAGUUCGCGCGCCAGCUGCUCUCCGAGCCUAUGCCGGACGAUGCAGUCGAGAGCAGGAUCGCUGACCAGUACAAGAAUGAUCGCGGAGCUUAUGAUGCUACGGCGAGGGAGUGGACGCGGAAGCAUGCCCAUGCGAAGCCUACUUAG